CACUAAUGACGGAUAUCGAUGGAUCUUUCUUGAGCCAAGAUAGAAGGCAAUCAACAUCUUUAACAUUCAUACCCUGGACGGCAUGGUCGUGUCGGAAUUACGAGCAGGCACUAGAGAUCACGGGAGAAAACCUUGAGGAUUUACUGGCUUAUGACGAUUUGUUCCUGGAUUAUUUCAAUGCCUUUUUGUCAUUACCGGUGUUUCCCCAGCCUUUGAGGUACAAUCGUCUUACAGGGGACUUUGAGGAUGCCUCCAAACAUCUGCAUAGAGACUCCUCAAGUGUCAGCUCAGAAUCCAGUGAGGAGGAUAAUCUACCUUAUGGCACCACAGACAGUGAGAGAGAUAAACUACUGGAGUGGGCCAGGGAAGAGCGACUACCUCUAUUUCUCAGCACACAGCUAUUCAGGGAAUUUAAACUCUGCAAGCUCCUCUUACGUCCUCUUGAUGACAGGUACUCAGCUAGUCGUAACUCCAGUAACCAGUUACGUGGUUACAGUCGCCAGUCCGAGAGUUAUGUCUCUAGUCUGAGUAACAGCGCUGACAACAGUGGACAUGAUGAGAUUGAUGAUGAGGAGAUGGCCUCUAUUCAGAACCAGUUCCAGAAUUCUACUUUGUUCAAAUAUCAGCGGCCAGGAAGCAGAGCCGUCAGCAUGCCAAUAAAGCUGGAUUCAGAAGCAGAGUUUUAUGUACAAGGGAGUACAGCCACCCCCACUACUCAGGAACCCCCACCCUCAGAAGUUCAGCCCAAAAGUGCCUCCCUCAAGAAGAAGUUCAAGGAAGUCAAUGAUAAAGAUGAAAGUCCUGUCAGGAAACCCUCUGUGGUGAAAUUUGAUCCGGUGACCAGUGAUGUCAAAAGUAAACAUUCAGCUCACAAGGAGAAACGACAAAAAUCAGAGGCAGAGGAAGCAUUUCUGAGGCAUGCUAGAGUCCUGUCAGCGCCUCUGAAUUAUGCCGAUUACAUGCGACACCCGAUGUUUGGGGACUUUGAUUUCCUGUUUGGGGAGGAUGAACCUGACCCUGAUGGAAGAGUGUAUGUGUCCUUUCAAGAGGAGCAUGCAAGUGAGGAACAGACAGAAAAUGAUGUCAAAAAUAUGGAAGGGAGGCUGAAAAUGUCUCUUCAACAGCUAAAGGAACAAGUGCUAGGAAAGCAAAACAGUAUGGAGGGCUUUAAAGAGUUCUUAUCAGAUACAGCAGGUAUUCAUCUCCUUAACUUUUGGUUAGACUGUGAGUACUUCAAAGAUGCCAUGGAAAACUUUGAUGAAGUUGUCAAUAUGGAUAUCAGGAGUAGACUGUAUAGGGAUAUUCAAGACAAAUACAAGAUGAACUUAACAGAGGAAGCACGAGAUCAGAUAACCAAAGCCUCCCGUAAUUCCUCUCUCAGUCAUACAGUGUUUAUCCGCACCCAGUAUGAUGUCCUCCGGAGAUUACGUGCCUACUGGGUCCCUCGGUACCUCAUCCAUAUGGAAAGGUUACGAGAACUCAGGGAUAUUGGAAAUAUUAUGGGAAUCAAAGGUAUCAAAGUAGAAAACUCUAUGAGGAAAAUAACGCCCUUCCUGCCAUCAAUCUCUCUAGUCAAUUCAAUGCCAGUGCGCCCCGAUGAUGUGUUAACAUACUCCAAAACCAAAAGCUGGGACUUCCUCAGCCGUGGCGGAAGGAAGCUGGACUCAAGGAUAUCUUCUGCCAAAUUAAAACCAGCUCUUCAUCCACCCUCACCAGUCCAAUUGACUAAAGACAGAUUUUUAGUUGCCUUGACAUCGGAUAAGCUUGCAGGUGGCCCAUUUCAGAGAUAUCUAGAAAAACAGGAGGAUAAGAGGCUGUUAUCCUGCUUGCUGUUCUGGCUGGACGUGACGGAUUACGGGAAGGAAGAAGACAGAUCAGCUGAUCGCCUCCUCAGACUCUGUCAUGCCUGGAAUAUCUACAACUCCUACUUUCCUAAUGGUUCAAACUACCCAAUAGGUGCCUCUGAUUUAGAAAGAGCCAGGCUACAUCAGACAUUGAUCAGUGCCAAAGAUUUUGUGGAGGCCAACAUUUUUAUACCAGCUAAAGCUCGGAUUGUAAAGUUAUUGGAACAAAACUGGAUUAAUUAUCUUAAGGAAGAUUUAAAAACGUUUUUGGAUGCUCAUGUUAGAGAUGGUGCCUUGAGUCCCCCAGAAUCUGCUGAUGUCAUAGACAUUGUGGUGACUAAUGAUGAGUUGAUCAUCACUCGACCUGACCCAUGGGUCAAAAGAAGGGAGGAGGAGGAGGUUCCAGUUGUUGUGGAAGAAGAGAGAAUUCCAACAACUGACUCUGAGAGACAAGCUAGACUACGAGCUGCACUGAGAUCUGCUGAUCUACUUGGACCUGAGGAGAGGGCAGAAAGGAGGGCAAAGGCCAGGGCCAAGAGGAAAGAAAUGGAAAGGGAGAGAAAGAAGGCAAUACGUGCAGCUUAUCGGAGAGUGAGAGAGGCCAAAAGGAAGAAAGAACCCGAGAAGGAGGAUGAGGAGGAUAUGGAUUUUGACAUUGAUGGGGAAAAGAAACCCUCCAAACCUCCCCCUCCAUUUGUUGACAUGCUCCACAAUAAACAAAUCAUGCUCAAUUUCAAGAAGAGCCUUGCUGAGUUUGAGGACAAAGAGAGGGCCAACAUGGUGUAUAUGUAUUUUGACAUUGAGAACUACCUGAAUUUUGGCAACAGUAAGAGUGAGGCCAAGAAGAAAGACAGCCAUGCUCAAAUGUUGUAUAAAACUUAUGUUGAUGCUCAAGGGAAGAAAAAAGUCAACUUUAGUGAAAAAUUAAACUCUAAAAUGACCGAAAGACCCAAAUCUCCUAUCAUCAAGGAAAUGCAGCAUUUUAUUUUACCAAAAAUAGAGGAGUCAUUUAAAGCCUACAUCAUAGAAAAGGCCAAUGAGCAUGGAAUGGAGCCCAGGGAGUUUGCCAGUUUGUCACAGGCAGAAUUAUCAUUACGCAUGGGAACGGACGCCUCCUUAAUGGGUGGAGCAUGGAAGAAAGGACGCAAGGGCAAGGAUGACGAAGAAGAUAUGGACUUUGAAACUGAUGCUCUGAAAGGGUUUGACAAUGGUAAAAAAUUUAGGGAAAUGGAAUUUGGCCCAGGGGUUACAGUAAAUUUUCUAGAACAUGAUAUGAAACGGCAAAGCGGACAGAGGCGAGUUCGCUUCGCUAAAAUUGAUGGCUACUUUGACCAUGACUCAAGUGGAAUGCAGGACGACACAACAUACACAGGUACAAGCCGAGACCAUUCUUCUUCACAAUUUGAUGAGAUGCCAUCUUCUAAAAUGUCACAAAGGCGCGGGCGAAGGUCAAAGACUGGUCGAGCUCAGCCUAACAAGGAGGAUAAGGAUGAAUUCUUUAAGGCCCUGAAGCAGUCCGCUGCUGGUCACCUGACACUGCCCAUGUUGUUCUUCUACAAAUAUUUACUGAAGCACGGAGAAGAGGAUGGCUGUCCGCUGAUCGACAAGGAUCUUUUCUUCUACAUUGAAGUACAGAAGUUCAAGGAUUCUAAUCAUGCCCACUCAGAUGAGGAGCUUUUAAGAAAGAAAGUGCAAUCCAUUAUGGAGUGUUUCCUUGAUUCUGUGACUAGUCCCACAUUGCAGAUUGACAUCUCACCACAACUUCAAGAGAAAACCAUAAAAGCAGCCCAGAGAUACCUGGCAGGCAAAGAUGUGGUGCCCAGUUUGUUUGACGAAGCACAGUUUGCAGUGUUCAAAGAACUUCUUCCUUACUGGGCUGGAUUUAAAAGAGGCUUCCAGCCUCCGGAUGAUCCAGCCAAGAGACCAGUGACAAAAUACCAAAAGAUGUUGAAGAAAAGGUUGGAUGGUAUAGAAAAUUAUGAAAUUCCUAAGGAGGAUUUCUCAUUUCCUCCAAUACCGGAUGGCUCCAUUGCUGCUUACACAUUCUCCCUUUCUGAUGGGGUUCGUUGGAGGAGAGAAGGAGUGAGGGAUUUGGAAGUAUCCUCAGAUGACGCUGCCAGUAUACUAGGCAGUCCCCUGGAUAGGUCCGAUACAGGUACCACACGAGGGGGAACCAGUCAGAAGACCUUAGAUCAACUCAAAAAGAGGCGGAAAUCCCACAGUAUUCUCAGUGUACCACCUGGUGGUGCCAUGACUCGGAAUAACACAGAAUCAAGCACCACCAUCUCGGUGAAGGACUGACGAAGACAUUGUUUGUGCUAUUGAGUAUUCAAAUGUGAUAUCUUCAGCUUUAGAAAACUGGUGUGAUAUCUCAAGUCUUUCUUAAUGUUUAUUUAUGCCUAUAUUGUUGAUUAUUUAAUAAAAAUUUGUUUAUUUUGAUAUAA